ACAGAAGGAACUAAAGAGACAUUGCAACGUCACGCGAUUUCCCGACAGCCCCCGCGCGCCUCACUUUUAAAAUCGCCGAGUUCGUUACCCCGCCAACAUCGCAGCAGCAGCAGCGGUGGCGCUGUUACAACUACAACCUCAGGGUUACAACUACAACAAGCGGCGCUGUUACGGACUACAAACCUCAGGGUCACAACUACAGCAAGCGGCGUUACAACUUCUUCCUUAGCCGUCAACAUUCUCGAGCAGCCAACUGAAGGAGGACGCCUCGAGUCGCCGUCACAAUGUCCAAGUCUCUGGGACGUCGCAACUCCACGCUGCCACAGAGGGUGAAGGCAGACGGCAGCCUCAAGAGCCUGGCCACUCCGCAGAGUGUGCGCAAGAGUCGCCAAAUGCCUCUUGGGAACUCGGCCGCUUCGAACCAAAAAAUCAGCUUCUUUGGGAACAGUGUGACCCGCCACUCGAGUCAAUAUGGAGCAGCUGGGGGAUCUGAGAAGGUCAAGGACACACGCCCGCUCCAUGACAAGGGCUUCCAGCAGAGGACGGUGAAGAGUCUGUGCGAGUUCUUGAGCGAGCAUGAUUGCCCUCUGGUCGUGAGCCCCCGUGAGCUGCAGGCUCCGUCCACGAAGCUCUACCUGCGCAUCUUUGAGUUCAUGUGCAGGUUCCUGGACCCUGACUACAGCCUCCCCAGCAGUAAGGUCGACGAGGAGGUGCCUCGUCUCUUCAAAGAAUUCGGGUACCCAUUCACGCUGUCUAAAAGCGCCAUGUACACAGUGGGGGCACCACACACGUGGCCUCACAUCCUCGGUGCCACCCUGUGGCUCAUGGAGCACAUCAAGAUGACGAUGGCAGUGUCGCAGUCGAUAUCUCUGUUUCCGCCCAUUUUAAUUGCGAAUGAAGAAGAGAAGAUCGCUUACAUGGAGAGGAAGAUCCACUUCGAUAACACGUGCAGCGCCUACAACAGGUUCAUGGAGGGGAACGACGACUUUACUGACGAGGACCGCAAGAUCAACAACAACCUCAAGGAGCUGUACAAGGUCGACGAGGAUCAGCAGAAGGCUUUGGAAGCCGAAAAUGAGCGUCUGGAAGCGGAGCUCCAGUACCUCCUCAUGGAGAAGGAGAAAGCCCCGGAUCGCCUUCAAGCUCUCAAGCUGGAGAAGUCGAAGCUGCUGCGUGUGGUGCUGCAGACCCAAAGCUACGUGUCGGACAUGCAGGCUCACUGCCAGGUGCUAGACCAGAAGAUUGCUCGGAGCAACCAGGAGAUGGAAGACACCGCGUCGGAGCUUUUGUCCACGAGGAAGGAGACCGAGAGGCUGGAGGAAAUCUACGCCCGACAAGAGAUGACUCCCGCCGACGUGCAGAGGCUGCGGUGCGAGGAGAAAGAACUGCAGGCCAUGCAGCGGACGAUGGCGAAGGAAUGUGAACACUCUGACAAGCAGUGCUGGGACAUGGAGAUGAGCCUCCACCGGAUGCGGGAACGGGUUGGGCAGCAGCACCUUAUCUAUCAGGAUGUUGCUCGCAAACUGCAGCUCAUGCCGGCCACAUCAGAGAACGCGGGCGGGAAGGACUUGGACUUCAGUCUUCACUUCCACGAGCAGCCCGGGCAGGCCCAGCAGCAUUUCCUCCAAGUCGUGAAGCCCAUGAUUACAUCGCUCAUCGGGAAAAUUAAGAAUCAAAUCCAAACCUCGCAAAGCCAAAUCGUGAUGAAGAAUAUGGCUCUUGAGCAGGUGCUGUCGCUCAUCUCCGACCGGGAGAAAGACAUCAAGAAGUUGGAGUUUCAGCUGCGCGUCCUGGAGGACAACCUCUCGCUGGAGACUGAGGCGUUUGAACGCGAGGAGCGACGCCACCGACAGGAGAUCGAGGAUCUCGCCCAGUCCCACUCGGAUAUCCAGAAACACGUGGACGACGGGGUCCAGGAGGCAAUGGACGAGUGCAAGAAGCUGGAGGCUAUUGGAAAGGAGAAUAUGAAGCAGAUGGAGAUCCAGCGGCAUGCGAGCCACGUGCUCCUGGGAGACGCGACGCUCGCCAUCUACAAGCACUUCACCUUCUUCGAGAACUUGAUGGAAGACUUCAAGCAGCGCGUGCAGGCGGAAUACGAAACGGAAUGCGCCGCCCACCCGCUCGCCAAGGUCCUUCGACUCACCCCGGCGGAGCAAGAGAUGAUGGCCAUUAUGAGCAUGCAGGCUGGCGGGCUGCAGGAUGGGGAGGGGCAGCAGGAGGAGGGCACUGCCUACGAUGGGAACAGAGAGUGAGGUGGGAUGGGAGUGGUAAUACAAGCAUUGGCAUGGCGGCAAUGCAGAUGUGUGUGUGUGUGCUUUGACCUUUGUUUAAUUGUCUCUUUCAUUGUCUCAAAACGGUCUCCUCUUGUAAACCUUGUUCUUGCUGUUGUUCUCAAUGUGCCUUGCAAUCUCUGCCUCAUCUGUUACAAGUGUAUUUUAAGCAUUUCUUCUAACAGUUGACCCAAUUGCAAGUGCAGAUUGUCUUGUUUAAAACGUUGUAAUGUGGCAAUUGAAACCACUUUUUUCUGAAAUCCUGCAAUGAUCCUCCUGGACAUCUGAAAAAGAGCUUGAUAGCUCAUCGCAUUCCUCCAGUAAAAAAAAACACACAUUCCUGCGGAGGGAGCUGGCAGGAACGUUGGGUUGCU